ACACGUCAACUUAUUCAACCACACUUGCGUUACAUCCUUCUUUCUUUCUCUUUCUUUAAUAUUCAGCUAAUCAAAACACAAGUCAUCAUCAAGCCAAAGCUCUCUGUCAGACAGGUUGCGUGAAUUCCCAGGGGAAAUAACAUAACCAGGUGUGUGGAUAGGAUUUAUCGAAAAUUGGGAACUGCAUCCAAAUUCAGAACGAGGAGAUGGGAUCUGAAGGGCCAAAGGCCAUUACUAUUCAUGUAACUGGAUUUAAGAAGUUUCAGGGAGUUCCUGAAAACCCUACAGAGACCAUUGUUAAUAAUCUGAAGAGUUAUGUUGAAAAAAGAGGUCUCCCUGCUGGUGUUACUCUUGGGAGUUGCAUUGUGCUUGAUGUGGCUGGGGAAGGUGCAAUUCCUCAGCUAUAUCAGACCUUGGAAUCUGCUUUCUCCAACACAGAUACUGUGAGCAAUGCAAAUGUUGCAUGGCUUCACUUGGGGGUGAAUAGUGGGGCUCUAAGGUUUGCCAUUGAGCGCCAGGCAGUGAAUGAAGCCACUUUCCGUUGUCCAGAUGAGUUAGGAUGGCAACCACAGCAAGUCCCAAUAGUUCUUGAGGAUGGAGGAAUUUCUCGAACAAGAAAGACUUCUUUACCUGUUGGUGCAAUCUUGAAAUCCUUGAAGAAGGGAGCUUAUGAUAUGAUGAUAUCAGAUGAUGCAGGACGGUUUGUUUGCAAUUAUGUGUAUUACCACUCCCUGCGAUUUGCAGAACAGAAGGGUAACAAGUCUUUAUUUGUUCAUUUCCCCCUAUUUUCAAGAAUUGAUGAAGAAACCCAGAUGCGAUUCACAGCCUCUCUUUUGGAGGCCAUUGCUUCUGCAUGUUAAUGCAAUAUUGAUUGAAAUGUGUACAAGAAUUGCCGUGUUCAAUUGCCAUUUGGUUGUGCAUGUAAAUCAUCUUUCUCAACAGCAAUGUAAAUUAUCAAGCAAAGUAUGGAUGUACUAUAAAAUUGUUUUUCUUCCUUUUUUGUUUUUCAAUAAGUUGAGUGAUACAGUUGUCUCU